AAGCGCUUGGAGCUUUGCCGGGGCAAAAGUGUCUUACGAACGGAUCCGGAGUAGGAGAAGAUCUCGGGCGGGGAAAAAAAAAAAAGCUUUUUUUUCUCUCUCUAUCUCCGGCUCGUUGGCCCCGUGGCCUGUCUUCAUUGAAUCGACUGGAAACCCUCCCUCCCGUUUUCACCUUUCCCCCCCCGCACCCCCGGUCCUCCCCACCCUCCCAUCCAACAUGAAAGCGAUCAGCCCGGUGCGGUCGGUCAGGAGCUGCUACGAAGCCGCCGUGUGUUGCGUGUCGGAUCAGAGCCUCGCCAUCGGCCGGGGCAGCAGCAACAAGAGCCCGGCGUUGGAAGAACCCAUGAGCAUCCUCUACGACAUGAACGAUUGCUACUCCAAGCUGCGGGAGUUGGUGCCGGGCAUUCCGCAAGGCAGUAAAGUCAGCCAGGUGGAGAUCUUGCAACACGUCAUCGAUUACAUCUUCGAUCUCCAGAUCGUGUUGGAGGAGCAGGCGAAGAAGGGGCAGGAUCCCUCGGCCGAGGCUUCGCUGCUCUCCCUAAAAGCAGCUGAACUUGCAUCGGAACUGUGCUCGAAGGAGGAACGAACCCUUUGCCACCACUAAAGGCUUAAACAGGCUGCAGGUGUGGGAUCCUGACACUGGGUUCUCUCCAGCGAAAGAAAAGGGGGAGAGAGAAGAAAAAGAAAGAAGGAGGAAAAAAAUAAUAAAAGACCUUGACUGGAGAAAGAAACCGGCUUGUUCCGAAACUGGGAAUCAUCCCCUUAAUGGACUGGACUUCCCUUCCCCCGCUGCCUUUUAUCUUCCAGAUAAACUGUGGAACAGAUCACCCAAGGCAGAUUUCUGGACUGGGGCUUCCAAUAACAACUUUUAAAAAAACAAACAAACCGUACUUUUGUGUUACUUUUGUCUUCCAUCAGCCUGAAAACAAGAAGAAACUGCAGGCCAGGAGGAGUUGGGGGUGCUGUGGGAGGGGGGAGAGAAGCAACUUGCCUUUUAUUGUCAAAUUACUCAUUGGAUUGCUGCAUUGCACAAGAAGGAACUUGGUAUCCUAAAGCAGUUUUUUUGACAAAAGAUAGAAGAAGAAAGGGGGGAGAACCCUCUUUGAGCCAUCAGAUUUGUACUGCACAUUGUUUGGGUUGAAAAGAGCUUAAAAAGAAUUUGUGGACUUCAUUCUGCCACAGUUUUGCAAUGCUUUGGUGUUAAAGAGUUCUAUUAAGAGAGAGCUGUUUUUUGCUCUUUUUUUUAAAAAAAAAAGAAAUGAAGCAAAAAAAUAAUAAUAAUGCAGAUAACGCAGCUUGUUUGUAUAUUUUGGAUUAUAGUUUUUUAACUUCAGUUUGGGGAGGGCGGGAAGGGAUGUUAUUAAGACUAUGAAAACUGAACUCGCUGGAGGUUGGUUGAGCCUCAUGAGUUAAAUUGUUGAACUCUAUAAUAGAGAUGACAUAUGUACCUUUUUUUUGGCAGGAAGGUGAAUUUCUGUUUCCGAGAAUUGUACUUGCUUUGUAAAAAAAAAAAAAACAACCAAAAAAACUUUUUAUAAAAGUUUCUUAAUAAAUUUUAAACUUUUUUUUUAAUUCCUUGGAAAUUUUUACAGAUUUUUUUUUUUUGUCUGGGAGGGAGGCGAGGCUAACUUAAUAUGCAUGGACACGUCCAAAUAUAGUUCAGAUCACAUGUUUAAGUCACUAUUUUAAUGUGGGACAAUUAUUUAGUUCUGGAUGCUGAAGAAAAAAGCUCUUCCAAAGACCCAUAAUCGCUGUAAAUUGUAACUUCCUGGAAUAAUUAUAAUUUCACUGGCAAUUAUUUUUUUUAAAAACCUAAUUUAACCCCCACAUUUAAAAUAUUGGCCUUAAAACCAUGAGGCAGCCAAUUUGAGAAAAAGAUUUAGAUCAGUUUCUGCUUGCUGAUUGCAGUAAAAGAAAUAGGCUUUAGCAAAGAAGAUGUUUAGCAAGGAGGAACACUUUGUGUUAUUUAGGGUAUUAGUCUAAAAUUCCUGAUUGCUAAACAGAGCUUCUUACAAACUUAAGUUGGCAAAUAAUACUGCUACUGCUUUAAUAUUAGAAAAUGGCCUAAUCUCUCCAGGGAAAGUGCUGAAAAUUUGUCAACCUAUAUUGAGCAACAAAUCUAUCUGGAUUUAGAAGUUGAGCAGGGGAUUUAUAUUAUUAAGAUCCCCUACCCCACCCCACCCCACCCCACAACUCUAUCCUGUGUUGAUAAUGGAAGGCAGAUUAUACCCACAGAAGUUAGAAGUGCUGUGUGACAAAUUUGGGUAUGGAAACUUGCAUGCAUUCUGCUAGCCAUAAAACAGCUUCUGUUUGGCCUGGUAUGGGAGCGAAUUCGGCUCCUUGUUUCUCGGGGGAGAAAAGUUUAUGGUAUGAUCUGCAACCCAGCUUUGCUGGACUGUAGUGAAACAAACCUAUAUAAUGCUAAACUCGCUUGGAGAUUUGGCUUCACUACGGUGUAGUUUUUCAGUCUUCGGUUAGUCACUGACUGGACCUUAACCCAUCUUGCAGAUUUGUACCGGUAGUCCUCAACUUAUGACCCCAAUGGGAGCCCAUUAUUUAUGUUAAGUGAGAAAUUUUUGUUUCUCACUUCUUUUCUUGCCCCAUUUGUUAAGUAAAUCAACUGCAGUUGUUAAAUUAGUUAAUAUGGUUGUUAAGUGAAUCUAGUUUCUCCAUUGUCAGAAGGUCGCAAAAGUGGGGUCCCAUAACCCUGGGACACUGCAACGGUCCUAAAUAUGAGUCAGUUGCCAAGCAUCCCGAAUUUUAUUCACGUGAGGAGGGGAGGAGAUGCUGCAAUGAUCAUAAGUGCAGUUCACUUUUUUCAGUGCUGUUGUACCUGUUCAGUCACUAAACAAACUGUUGUAGGUUGAGGACUUAUCUAUAUACAGUUUGAAAUAGGUCAGUACCCAGAACCUGGAUACGUAAGCUUCCAGAGAAAAGGAGAGGUAUAAAUGUUAAUAAAUCAAUGUUGUGUAAUAUGAUCCAUGAACUGGGCCAUAUAUAGGUAGAGAAGUAGCCAUUGCAUUUAAAAUGUUGUGUUAUGAAGUUGUAUUACGAAGUGUGCUAAUAUUCAACAGGUCUUUCUUAAAUGGUAAUGCCACCAUG